AUGCCUAACCAGGAGCAUUUCUGGCCUAAUCUCAAGGCCUUUGCCGAGGACAACCAUGUCACCCGCCUGGAAACUCUCGGCCUGGAGUGCGUCAUCUGCAGAGACUCGUUCCACUACCGAUGCCGAAGCGACGAUGGAAUUCAGCCUCCACGUCGUCCUCGCGUCCUCCCAUGUGGCCACAUUCUCUGCGCUAGAUGUCUAAUCGCAUAUUACGACACAGGGGAUACCCGAUGCCCUAUUUGUCGCACGGAACUCGUCCACGACUGCGGCCACGCUCACACCGGGAUGCCCUUGCCCUUGACUCCGGCGAACAUGAACAAGGUGCCUCCCAUCUUGUCACAAGGUGGCGAUAUGCCAAAGGGAUGCAGCCCUUGUGGCAUCUUGGCUUUGCAUCAACUCUUUGAGCGGAAAUUGAGCGAAAGCCCACAUAUCCCAGAGGUACUCAAGGGCGAGCAUCUGGGUAUCGGUAUCACGCUCUACAACGCUGAUGAAUACUACACGCGGGAGGUGACUGGGCCUGUUCUCGAAAUCGAGCCUCCUACCUCCAUCAAGCAUAUGAUCAGUGAGAUUAUUGACUACGCUGUCCGAUCGCAGCGACAGAACCAGGUUUGGUUGGAAGCGGACUUCAGUUCCAUGAAGAUCCGGGUGCUUCACUUCAAACCGGAGAUUCUCCCACUGGAGGAAGUCUCCCCUGAGGAGCAAGAGACCGCCCCCCAGGGUGAUAACUAA